GCGCGCCGCCAUCUUGGAUUUUGUAAAUAGACCCAAAUAAAGGCGAUCGACUGGCUGUGCUGGGGUGUUGUGCCAAGGUUUUCUGUGAAUUCUAAGUGUUAAAUCAUCAACAUGGGACAGGAUUACUACGGAGUUCUAGGUCUGACGCGUAGUGCGACGGAUGCAGACAUUAAGAAGGCAUACCGUAUCCUUGCCCUGAAGUACCAUCCAGAGAAGAACAGAGACUAUGGAGCGGAGGAGAUGUUCACCAAAGUGGCUGAGGCCUACGAUGUACUCAGUGAUCCGAGAAAACGAGCCACCUACGACCAGUUUGGCGAGGAGGGUCUGAAGAAUGGCGUUCCCGAGGGUAGCGGGGUGGGCGGGGCCUGGACCACGGGAUACACCUUCCACGGGAACGCAGCCAAAGUCUUCAAGGACUUCUUUGGAGGAGAGAACCCUUUUGCAGAUUUCUUUGAUGGCCCUGACGGAGACCUGACCAUGGGGUUUGGAGGUGUCCACGGGCGUGGCAGGAAGAAGAAGGACCCGCCCAUCGAGCGUGACCUCGCCCUGACCCUUGAGGAGAUCUUCCACGGCUGCACCAAGAAGAUGAAGAUCUCCAGAAGAGUCAUGAACGAGGACGGCCACACCUCCAGUAUCCGCGACAAGAUCCUGACGAUCACGGUCCGGCCGGGCUGGAAGACGAGCACGCGUAUCACGUUCCCCGAGGAGGGCGACCAGGGCCCCAACAACAUCCCAGCAGACAUUGUGUUCAUCGUGAAGGACAAGGCACAUCCCAGGUUCAGGAGGGAGGGCAACGACCUCAUCUUUACUGCCAAGAUUCCUCUGGGCAAGGCCCUGACUGGCUGUAAUGUAGUUGUUCACACCCUGGAUGACAGAAUCUUGGACAUCCCCAUCAAUGAUAUUGUACACCCCAAAUACACCAAGAUCGUGCCAGGAGAAGGCAUGCCGAUAGCCAAGACUCCCACCAAGAAGGGAGACCUGAUUAUAGAGUUUGAUAUCGAGUUCCCCACACAGCUGACACCGGAGAAGAAACAGCUCAUCAGACAAGCCUUGCUCCACUAACUGGGACAUGUGUACAAAUGGAUAUAUACUUUAACCAUAUAGUAAUACAGGAGGGGAUUCUCACGUUGUAUAGUCAAGACUUGGAGGGGUUUUUCUAUACCCCCUCCCAUGACAUUGGGUCUUCCUUUGCAGUUGUGUCCAGGGCCAUUUUUUGCCUUACAACAUUGAUUCUAUGGAUGACAUUCUUGCAUGCAUUGAUACAGAACUCACCCCAUAAAGGGAUGAAGAACAAAUUCAUUCCAUAUCAAUUUGGGAUUGUUUGAGAUUGUCAUCCAUAGAACUAACUUUCUGAGGCCAUAUUGCCUGUUAGAUAUGAAUUACUUAAAUUCAGCCAGAUAUAUUAUUCAGGGGUUGCCUUCAUUUCAAGCUAGCUACAUACUGACUCUUCUUAGAUGAUCUUUUGAAUUCUAAGGACCUUUGUAAAUGAGCUUGACACAGUUAUGACCUUAAAAAAAGGUUCCUGUUUGGGAAUAACAUUUAACAUGUUCUAGCAAUUGAAGUUUUAUGUAUGUAUAUAUUCUAUCAUAUGUAUGAUGGUAGUAAUGAAGAAAUGACACAGAAGUGAUUUGUACAGACUUAUAAUGUUCUGUUUUUUAACACAGUAACACUGAGAGAAGUCUGUGGUCUUUAUACGUAGGCUGUUGUUUAUUUCAGAUUUGCAUCCUUGUGUAUAGACAAGUCACUGUUAUUGGUUUGUUCGCACAUAAAUAGCAUAAAACAUAAUGCAUUGUUGUACACAAUUCGACAGAAUUCUUAUUUGUAGAUGUUCCGCUUACUUAUGGUACAUUAUUGACAUCAUGCUAUAUAUACUGUACUUUCUAACAAGUUCACUUAGCCAUUCUAGUUUUGUUUGUAAAAAAAAUGUAAAAAUAAAGCUACUAUUUGUUGCUGU